AUGGUUGGCUUAAAAGUAUUCUUAUUAUUGUGUUAUUUAAUUUAUACUACAUAUGGAUUUCAAUGCAGGGAUGAGAAUAAUAAUGAAGUUGAUUGGUAUGUUUUAUAUAAAAUUCCACAUAUCAAGAAAAGUUCUGAUGAAAAUUUAAGAAAUGGUUAUGCAUACGCAUAUAUUACAUCAGUUACAAUAAACGAUGACUGGAAAUUAUCAACAAAAUCAGUGAAUAGUACAGAUUCAAUUCCUGGUUUAACUUUAAAACCUUUAUACACAAAAAGCAAUGCAUCUUAUAUAUUGUACAAUGAUCAACCACCGAACGGUCAGGAAAGUGGGAGAGGACAUACAAAAGGUCUACUUGUAUCAAAUGACACACAUGGAUUUUGGCUUGUACAUUCUACACCACAUUUUCCGGAUACAUUCAAAGAAUAUUCAUAUCCAUUUUCCGGAACAGUAUAUGGACAAAGUUUCUUAUGUAUAUCGUUUAACAUAAAUGGUAUUAAUUUAGUAAGUCAACAAUUGGUGUACAAUGAACCUCAUAUAUAUUUAAGAUGGGUCAGCAGAACAGUAGCACAAGCAGCUCCGUUUAUGGGAAAUUUAACUAAUGAUAAUGUGCUUACAAAACCACCAUGGUUUCGUGUAGCGAAUUUAACAUCAAUCAAUAAUCAAAAAUUUAUAUCAUUUGCUAAAUCAAAAAAUUUUAAUCAAGAUUUAUAUGUAGAUUUGGUUGCGCCAUUUUUUCAUAGUUCUAUGUAUGCUGAGACUUGGCAAAACGGUGCUGGUAAAAUGACCUCAAAUUGUAGUACACAAUUCGAAGUGGAUAAUAUUCUUGAUAUAUCGUUUAAAACAUUUUAUAUAAACUUUCCUUCAACUUUGGAUCAUUCAAAGUGGGCUGUAACAUAUCGAAAAGAUUUGAAGGAGACAGUUUUGGCCGUAUGUAUCGGUGAUAUCAAUCGAGCUGACCAUCAAAAAUUACGUGGAGGUGGUACAGUAUGUAUACAAGAUAAUAGACUAUGGAAAUAUUAUUUAAAUAUUGCUGGAACAAUAGAAAUGUGUAAAAAAAAUUUACACAAAUAUUAUGGAUAUAAAGUGGUUGAUAUAGAAAAUAAUGAGAUCAACUAAAAAGUUAACUCAACUUAUAAUUUGAAUUUUAAAAUAUGGAUAACCUUUCAUAACUAAAAGCAAAUUUAUUGGUCGAAUUCGAAAUCCAUGUAAGGUCCGAACAAUAGGCUUUUGUCCAUCUAAGAAUAAAUCGGUGGGAUAAAAGUUUCUAAUAAUUAAUCAUGAUAUGUAGAUAACAAAACACAACAUUAUUUUUCAUAAAAAAUAAGGAUUAUUAUUAUUUUUAUGAUAUUAUUUUAGUAAAAUUAGGUAUUUAGUCACGUGCCAGCAUACAUCAAUCAGAAAGUAUUACUUCACGCUAUGACAUACGAUAUCUAAACAACAUUACAUUAUAAUAGAACGAAGCAAGUUACUUGAUUACAGCUGCUUAAACUUGCAUACCCAAAAAUGAUUGUAUGCCAAGUCGUGAUGUCAUUCAAGACGAUAUACCACUUGUUUUUGAAGUAAAUUUGAAUUGGUUUUU